UGGCGCACUGUGGGAGCGUUCCGCUUGCGCGGCCUUGGAGGGCGCGGCGGCGGCGGCAGACGCGGUGCUCGGUCAUGGGGUUCCAGCCGAGCCCAGGCCUCCUGGCCUCCCUGGGGGUGGGGCUGCUGACUCUGCUCGGCCUGGCUCUGGGCUCCUACUUGGUUCGGAGGUCCCGCCGGCCGCGGGUCACUCUUCUGGACCCCAAUGAGAAGUACCUGCUGCGACUGCUGGACAAGACGACUCUGAGCCACAACACCACGAGGUUCCGCUUUGCCCUGCCCACCGCCCACCACGUUCUGGGGCUGCCUGUGGGGAGACACGUCUAUCUCUCUGCCCGAAUCGAUGGCAGCCUGGUCAUCAGGCCAUACACUCCCGUCACCAGUGAUGAGGACCAAGGCUACGUGGAUCUCGUCGUCAAGGUGUAUCUGAAGGGCGUGCACCCCAAAUUUCCUGAGGGAGGGAAGAUGUCUCAGUACCUGAACAGCCUGAAGAUUGGGGAUGUGGUGGAGUUUCGAGGCCCGAACGGGUUGCUCACUUACCUCGGGAAAGGGAUUUUUAGCAUUCAGCCCGACAAAAAGUCUCCAGCGGAGCCCCGUGUGGCCAAGAGCCUAGGGAUGAUUGCCGGUGGGACAGGAAUCACCCCGAUGCUUCAGCUGCUCCGGGCCAUCCUGAAAGACCCUGAAGACCGAACUCAGUGCUGUUUGCUUUUCGCCAACCAGACUGAAAAGGACAUCAUCUUGCGUGAGGACCUGGAGGAGCUGCAGGCCCAACACCCCGGUCGCUUCAAGCUCUGGUUCACUCUGGAUCACCCUCCAGAAGGUUGGGCCUACAGCAAGGGCUUUGUGACUGCCGACAUGAUCCGGGAGCACCUGCCCGCCCCAGCAGAUGACGUGCUGCUGCUGCUCUGCGGGCCUCCCCCCAUGGUGCAGCUGGCUUGCCACCCCAACUUGGAUAGGUUGGGCUACUCACAAAAGAUGCGAUUCACGUACUGAGUGUCUCGUAGCUUCCCUGGUCUGUUCCGGCCACUGUCCCCAAUCAGCACUCACACUCUGCGAGCCCUAGAUUUCCUUCCUGACACGGUCAGCUUGUUUUCUUUCUCCGGAGCUGAAACGGGACGGUACGUGCUGGAAUAGCAACCUUGUAGCCCUGGACGAGGGCCAGGGCUGAGCCGUUCCUGGAAGGCCCCAAAUCUCCCUGUGAUAAAAGAUUCGUGUUAGACCGUGGGUCAGAAAGAAGCAUUACAUUUGUUCCAGGACUGGCUAGUUCCUUGAUAGCGUCACACUGUUCUUUGUGUCUGUGAUGAGAAGAACAGUCAGUGUAAUGGGUUUUAUUUAACCUCCGGUGCUUAAACUCAUAGCAGAUUCUGUGUGUGAGUGCCAGAUGAGGAGACUUUUAGAGUUAGUCUUGCAGAGAUUGCAGGAAAGGAGGAAACGGUUUCUUCAGACCUGCAGACCUCAGAGAAAGGAAUCUGAAAUACAUGUUUGUGUGUCUGUCUCUCUCCACCCCUCCCCAGGCUGGAGGGGAGUGGCUAUCCACAGUCUAAGACUGCUGCUUGUGGCAGGAACUUCUGGCUGUGCGAAUAAAGGGGGCCGAGGCCCCAGUGUUAUCUUUAAA